AUGAUCGCCGCCAGCGCGGAGCACAGCAACCAGACCAUCGAGAGCCUGUUCCCGUUCAAUGGCUGGCAAGGAUUCCCCGGCACAGUCUGCGCCAAGCACGCGGUCAAUGCCGACAAGCUGGGGCCCCGCAACCUGGCCGAAGAGCGCAAGAGAGAUCUGGAAUGCCCAGCGACCGACCUGGAUUUCGCAGAUCAGCUGAAGCCUAGCCGGAUGUCAGGCGAGCUCGACGACGAGGUCACUGUAGCGGCACGGCGGCGCGCCAUGAAGGGCAUGGAGCUCGGUGGCAUCUGGUCGGCGGCGUUCUCGGACAUGCUGGAAUUGGGCCCCGAUCGCCCCUCGAAUUUCGUCGCGAGAGACCAGACGCUUGCGCGGCUGGACCAGAUUUUCAUCCGCGCGCUAGCACACUUGGCCCCAGCGUUUGCACCCCGCGCGGCUCACGCGAAGUGCGCGGCAGCGAAGAUCGACAGGUGCAAGUGCCCUCGAGGCCCCCGUGUUCCCGCGGUGGCCGCGUAUGCUUUCGCCUCCGAGAGGUGGGUGCGCGCGCGGGACAUCGGGGGUGGUUUGGUCGGGGCUCAGCGCGCGUUCUCUCCCAUCUCGGGCGCGUGUUACGCGGCGGAGCUGCUGGAUGGUCUUGCGUUGAGAUUGCAGCAGUGCUGCCUGGCACCAGUCCCUGACGAUGUUUCCUCUCGCUUGCGCAAGCAAGUCGCAGACGCGCUGGCCAAGCUUGCCCCGAGAUGGAGAGGCUUGCUGGUAGAGUCGAAUGAGGUCUACCUCGGGGUGCGGGCUGAUCCUGAGGACCCGAUCGAACUUCACCUGGGCAAGAAGCUGGGCCUAACGCGCGCGAUGUCUGACCCAGACAAGCUCCUGACUGUCCAGGACGUGGGCAAGGCAGUCGCAAAGGCCAUCGGUGGCCACGCCUCGGCGCCAAGGAGCAGGCUGACGCAGCGCAUCCGCCAGCACCUGGCGCCGUCGUGGGACAGCAUCAGGGUCCUGCGCAACCACGCCGUGCCGGGGCCCCUGCGCCUGCUGUGGGGCGACGGCGACCCGGACUUCGUGCUCUGGCAGAACAACAGCCACCGGCAGCGCCGUGUCGUCGUCGUCGACGUGGAAGGGCAGCCGGGUGACCUGGCCAUUCCAGGUCGCGGUGUUGAGACCUCUGCCUCCGAGCCGAAUUCGGCCGUGGCGACGCUGGAAGCGAGGGCGCCCAAGGGUGGGCGAAGGCCGAUGCCGCCUCCAGGCGGGCCUGUGGGCGGCCGGCUGCGACACCGCGCUGCGCCCGAGGAUGGACCCGCCAGGGCGCCGGGGGGCGCCGCGCAGCCCGCGAGGCAGCCGCUGCGCCCCGGGGCGCAGGCGCUCGCGCUGCUGGCCCUGGCUGCGGUGGCAUCGGCCGGCGGCUGCCUGGUGCUCGCCAGCGCCGCCGCGAGCCAGCUCCCCGAGGACGGCGGCGCCCUGCCGCGGCCUCGCCCCCCCGGGCUCCGAAGCGAGGCCGCCGCGCCCGCCCCGCCAGCGCCGCCCCCACCAGUGGCGCCCUGCGCGGCGCCGCCGGACGCCGCGCUCGCCGAGCGCGUGGCCGCGAAGGCCGGGGAGGCCUGCGUCGCGAGGCUGCGCGACUGGGGCUGCGAGCUCGCCGCGGUCGGCGAGCGCGUGGCCGCGCGGGCCGCCGGGGAGGCUGCCGCGCCCGGCCUCGGCGGGGCCGGAGGCGUCGCAGCAGCGGCGGCCGCGCCGCAGCGCGCUCCAGCGCGGCUUGCGCAGCGGGCGCGGGCGCUGAGGGACGCCCGGCGGGGCUCCGCGGUCGCAGCGCCAGAGCCGCCGCGGGCCUGCCUGGCCGCGCUGGGGGGCGAGUGGCCCGCGGGCGUGGAGCACGUGCCCGUGCCAGAUCAGGCCGUCAGCCUCGGCGUGGUGCUGCUGGUGCACCGCUGGUGGCGCAACGCCGUGCGGCUGCUCUCGCGCCUGCUCGCGGCGAGGGCGACGCUGGGCGCGGGGCUCCUCACCCUGCGCGUGGUAGUGCAUGUGGACCCCCGCGCCAGCGAGGCGCGCGAGGCGCUGCAGCGCUGGGCCGCUGGUCGCCCUGGCAUCGAGAUAUUUCAGGCCUUCAACAUCACUCGCGGCGGCGAGGCAAUGCUGCUCGCCACCCUGGAGGGUAUGCGCCGCCUCUCGGGCGGGCUGGCGACCGACGCCCCAGACUGGACGUUGCUGCUGAGCGAGAGCCACUACUUGCUGCGGUCGCCGGGGCAGCUGUACGCCCACUUGCUGUUGCUCCGGGGGCUGAGCUUCGUCGGGAUUCAUUACUGGCUCCGCGACGGCGGGAGCCUCGGGCCGUUCUUGGGCGCGCGCUCGAGGGCGGAGCUGCCGAAGCUGCCCUGGGAGCGCGAGGAGAAGAGCCGAAAGCUCGUCUUCGAGUGCAACGCCCACGUGUUCGUGGAGCUCGGGUCGGAGCCCAAUGCCACGAUCCCCGAGCCCUUGCUUUCCGAGCCCUACGUCGGCGGGCCCCAGUGGGUGGCACUGUCCCGGCAGCUGUUGCAGGCAUCGCUCCCUGGCGGAGGUACGCCAGCCAGCGUGGCGGAUCGCGCCCUCGAACAGGUCCGUCUGUUCGCGCAGCCCGACGAAUCCUUCUUCCAGACGCUGCUGGCGCUGGUGGGCCCCCCAGGGGCCGCCGAUCCCUGCGGCCCGCUGGCGCUGCAGAACAUCGGCUACUCGCUGACCUGGAACGAGCCUGCCCAGUUCCUGGGCCCCGACCCCUCCUCGGAGGUGGAGGUGACGUCGCCCUCCUUGCUGAAUCACCUAAACGAGGAGCCCGACCUGGAGGCGGCGCUGGCGCAGGCGUGGUCGACCCCCUCCCUCUUCGCGCGCAAGCUGGACGACGAUGCAACGCGUCCCUUGCAGGACCGACUGGACGACGCCCUGGACAACGCCUCCAGCUGGGAGGAGGCGCCCGAGCUCGCGCACCUCUGCGCGCUGCUGCUCCCCGGCGCCGCGCUGGGCACGGGUACUGCUGAACCCGGCGCGGCCUGCUCGCCGCGCAGGCUGGUGCCUGGAGCCCCGGCGGCGGCCGAGCUGCUGCCGCCCCGGCUGGUGGCGCGGCUCGCGCCGGCGGCAUUCGCGGUGGAGCGCUGGGCGCCCCGGCCCGCCGCGGUCGGCGGUGGCGGGCCGCCGCGCGCUGGGCUGAGGAUCCUGGCGCUGCGGGUGGGCCGCGCGCGCCCUCCGACGGCGGAGCAGACGCUCUCGGGCUCCCGGGAGCUGCUGCAGGCUUCCGUGGUGGGGCCCGGCGAGGGGGAGCUCGGCCUCCUGGCCCUCUUCGAGGCGCUCCCUCUGAGCCUGGACCUCCUGGUGGAGUGGGCGGGCCCGGACAAUGAGAGUCUGAAGGGGUCGGCCGCUGCCGGCCGGCAUGCGCGCUCCUUGUGGGCCUCCUUCCCGUCUCGGUCUCCGCCAGCAGCGGGCGAGUGGCGCGUGGCCCUCCGGCUCCCGGCAGAGGCGCCUGCAGGCCCGCGGCCGCUGGCAUGGCGGCGGUUCACGGUGCUGCCGGUCGCCCCAGGCCUUGCGGCGCCAGGCGCGGGCGCAGCCGAUCUCGGCGGAUUUUUCGACGUCGCCGCGGCAGCCCCGCCAGUGUGA